GACUGAGCUCCCGGACUGGCCAUGGGCUGAGACGCAUCCUCGCAGAGCAGCCUGUAGUGAAAGUGACCCUUCCAUACUCCACCAGAACAUGCCGGGGUGACUUUCUGCCAGAUCCUGUGGCCUUCCUCGCUCCCCAGUGACACUAUGCAACCCCAGCGUGACCUGCGAAGCCUCUGGCUCCUGCUGCUCUCCUUGUUCCUGCUUCUCUUUGAGGUAGUCAGGGCUGGCCGAUCUGUGGUUAGUUGUCCCGCCAACUGUCUGUGUGCCAGCAACAUCCUCAGCUGCUCCAAGCAGCAGCUGCCCAAUGUGCCCCAGUCUUUGCCCAGCUACACAGCACUACUGGACCUCAGCCACAACAACUUGAGCCGGCUUCGGGCUGAGUGGACCCCCACCCGUCUGACCAACCUGCACUCCCUGCUGCUGAGCCACAAUCACCUGAACUUCAUCUCCUCUGAGGCCUUCCUCCCGGUACCCAACCUUCGGUACCUGGACCUCUCCUCCAACCAUCUUCACACGCUGGAUGAGUUCCUGUUCAGCGACCUGCAGGCGCUGGAAGUGCUGUUGCUUUACAAUAACCACAUUGUGGUGGUGGACAGGAAUGCCUUCGAGGACAUGGCCCAGCUGCAGAAACUCUACUUAAGCCAGAAUCUGAUCUCACGCUUUCCUCUGGAACUGAUCAAGGAUGGAAACAAAUUACCCAAACUAAUGCUCUUGGAUCUGUCCUCGAACAAGCUGAAGAAGUUGCCCCUGACUGACCUGCAGAAAUUGCCAGCGUGGGUCAAGAAUGGGCUGUACCUGCAUAACAACCCCCUGGACUGUGACUGCAAGCUCUACCAGCUGUUUUCCCAUUGGCAGUACCGGCAGCUGAGCUCCGUGAUGGACUUCCAGGAGGAUCUGUAUUGCAUACAUUCCAAGAAGCUGCACAGUGUCUUCAGUAUGGAUUUCUUCAAUUGCAGCGAGUACAAGGAAAGUGCCUGGGAGGCCCACCUGGGAGACACCUUGACCAUCAGGUGUGACACCAAACAGCAAGGGAUGACCAAAGUGUGGGUGUCCCCAAGCAAUGAGCAGGUGCUACAUCAGGGGUCCAAUGGCACGGUGACCGUGUCCGAGGAUGGCAGUCUUCAUUUUAAAGGGGUGCAGGUUGAGGAUGGGGGUGUGUAUACCUGCUAUGCCAUGGGGGAGACUUUCAAUGAGACCCUGUCUGUGGAGUUGAAAGUGUAUAACUUUACCUUGCACGGACACCAUGACACCCUCAACACAGCCUAUACCACCCUGGUGGGCUGUAUCCUCAGUGUGGUUCUGGUUCUCAUCUAUCUAUACCUCACCCCUUGCCGCUGCUGGUGCCGGGGUGUGGAGAAGCCUUCCAGCCAUCAAGGAGAUAGCCUCAGUUCUUCUAUGCUCAGUACCACACCCAACCAUGACCCUAUGGCUGGUGGGGACAAAGAUGAUGGUUUUGACCGGCGGGUGGCCUUCCUGGAACCUGCUGGACCAGGGCAGGGUCAAAAUGGCAAACUCAAGCCAGGCAACACUCUGCCAGUGCCCGAGGCAACAGGCAAGGGCCAACGGAGGAUGUCAGAUCCAGAGUCGGUCAGCUCGGUCUUUUCUGAUACACCCAUUGUGGUGUGAGCAGCAUAGGCUGAUGGGGAGGUUCUGCCCCAGGAGAGGUAGUGUACCCCUGAGGGAUAUGAGGGGGUGGAAGAGAGGGCUGGCUGCCCAAGGGAGUGGGUUCCUCCUGACCGCCAGGGAAUUGGCCAUGGGCACAAGAGGAGGCAAGACCCCAGUGAGGGUGUGGAUGCUGUGAGUUUCACAUAUGGAUCUAUUAAUCCUCAGGCAGAUGCCACACCCCUACCCAAGGCCUUGGCUGUUCUCCGUGUGGUAGAGGAGGAGGGAUGCGUCUGAGUUGGACAUGAACAAGAAAGGGGGUGAGGGGAGGAGUCUGAGGGGAGGAGCAGAUUCCCUAAACUUUUUUUGAGGUCAUCCCUAGCUCCUUAAGAGAAAACCAUUUGAAAAACAACUUUUUUUUUCUGUCUCUGCCCACCCACACCUGCGAAGUUGUGUGUGUUGGGGGAGCCUCCACAGGAGCCAUGCUGGGAAGCUGCAGUAUCUUCUCUGGUUGGGAAGUCACAGUCAUAGCUAGAGAACUGGAAACCUUUGGAAAAUGAGUCAGGAAAAGGCUGAGACCUGGAUCAAUAACACUCCCUAAAGCUGCCGGGAGACUUCUCACUAGAGCCGUCUUCUUUCCCCGGGAGUCCUGAGUAGGUGGAUCUUUGCAGGAGCCUGGCCUCUUGCCUGUUAGUUAUGGCAGCAAUAUAGGACAUUGUGUCUGUGCCUUGUCCUGGGGCAGGUGGCACAGAUGGGUACAGAAUGAAUUAAGAGGUCCCUGUCAUAGCAUAAAACUUGUAGAUAGGGCAUAAAUUCCAGGUAGGCUAAUUCCCUGGCUGGGAGAAAGCUUUGAUUAGUUUUUGACUCCCAGUGUCUAUCUGUCGGGAUGUGAGUAGGGGAUACUGAAGAAAGAGCAGUAUGAUGCCUGCCACCACUGUGGCACAAGGGCCAUACUUGCUGUAGGAACAGGGAAAACCAGCCUCUUUGAUGUAGCAGCCAGCCAGACCUACCGGAUCUUCCAUGUGUGCCGUCUCUUCCAACAACCUUGUAAUCAGCUCAGGUAGGGUUCUGAGCCUUCCAUAGAAUGCUGCUCUGCAAAGAGGAGUCAGUAAAGUACGGUCCUGCUCAGUUAGACUAGGUCUGGAGAUAGACAGGACCUAAUGUUUAUCUUCUCUCUGCUGACAAGGCUGUCUCACUCCUGCAAAGUGUGGGAUUUUUGUCAUCUGAAGGAUUGGAUCCUAGUGGUCUCUGUCCCAAAAUGGCAAUACAGAGUAUGGCUUAGAGUUCUGCGCUCCCCCCACCAGACUGGAAGGCAGGCAGUCUUGUAACAGAGGCGGAAGGGGCAUUACACUUUGAAAAGCCAGUCGGAGAUUAGUGCAGUUGUGACUGUCAGAGCAGAGGGACUUAAAAACAAACCCAGCCUUAGCUUCCAUCCAGGCUCUCGAAAUGCUUUGGGUAGAGAUGAGUGUGCCCUGCAUCCUGUGAGCAUACUGCAGGCCCCAAAGGCAGUUGUUCUGAGCUUUGGAAGAGGUGGUGGGCAGGACAGAGGUGAAGGUGUUCCCCAGCGUUGGUCUUUUCCGGUGUCUUUUCUUUCCCUUGUUUCCUGUGGUUGGAAGUCGUCCAGGUCCUCCAGUUUCCUGACCUGCUUUUCAAGUUCUAAGGGGUGUUGUUUACCUGUGGGUGAGGGCUGCUUAGUGCUAGGAGGGCCUGCUGGGCUGCUUGUAAGGACUGGGGAAGAGAAACUGAAGUCAACAUUGUCCCCUGUCUGCUCCUGGGAUCUCAAGGCUGCUGUCCAUCCUUUAUUAGUAACCUAGUUUUGUCAAGAGAGCGGUGCAGCGAUUCCCCUUAAGUAGUUGCAUGCUCAUAGGUAUGCACCCUCAUAGGUAUGCAUGCACACCAGCGCCUUGAUGUCCACCGGGACAGUUAGUCUGUGGCCCCCUCUGAUGCCACCAUUUCUAGAACGGACUCCACCCAUGCACACCACUUCUCACACACAGUUUUCUUGCACUGCAGGAGAGAGAGGGUGACCACGCCAGGCUCCUCAAAUGCACAGUCUCUUGUACUUUAAUUUCCGAACGCCCUGAACUUUUACCCAUAUCUCCAUGGAGCUGAAUCACUUUUCGGCAGAUGCUGGAGUUAGGGGAACCACACACCAGAGCCUUUGGGUGAAGGGUGGUGAGGUACUAGCUGGUUUUUCGGACUUCUCAGAAACCUUCCUAAAAAACUACAUAUCUGUAAGACAGGAGGCUAGAGCCAGAGUAAUGAAGGACUCCAAAGAAUUCUAGCAGAGGCUAAGCAGAGUUGUUCUUCCUGUGUCCUAAUAGAUAAGGGUUGGUGAGGAACCGGUUGUAUUCCAAAGACUUCUGGGGACUUUAUCACCAAAGGUCCAAGAGCCAGACCUGCAUCCUCAGACUCGUAGGGAAUGAGAAAGUCUCUUAGGUGGCAGCAUCCUCUCCUGACACCAUAGAGGGCUGAGACCCUUUAAAAUGGAAGUCAAAUGAAGUUUGCCUUCUGGGGCAUUCUAGCUGAGCAGGUCCUGAGGAUCAGGAGGGUUAUUUUCUUUUUAAGUCCUACUCUGCAGCCUAACUCUCCCUACUGUAUCCACUAACCUGGGCCCUAGUUCAAGACACCUACAGGACAUGUCUGGAUGCUUCACCAGGACAUUUAACUGAUUGGUCUCUCCUUGUGGUUUCAGUUCUUAUGACCCAACGGUAGCUUUUUGUCCUUGUAGAUGGGGUGUAUGUGUGUGUCCAUAUUCCGCAUAUAUGAUCCCAUUAGACCUUGGGAAGAAAACAGCCAGGUGUAGAUAUAAGAAAGGCUGGCCUUCACGCCAUCUGUACCCAUAAACUGUAUCUCCCAGGAAGGAAAAGCAGGUUUCUCUGGAGACAGGAUGUGAUAGGGCUCUACAGUCUGUGUAAUUAUCUGUGAUCUUUUUCUUUGCUGUAUCUAUGGGGCCCCUGGAAAAGGCCAGGAAAGGAUAGACCCAUCUGGGGAGAGCAAAACCAAUUUUCUGGGUUUGUGUGUGUUCUUGCUUUGUAAUUCUUUUUUUCUGUGUCUAGGACUCUUCCUCCCACUGUGUACACCAGGCUGGCAAACCUCAGAGCCCAUGGGCUCUAUAACUAGACAAUGACCAUUAAACCUGGCUUGAGUCUCUGCUCUG